UCUCCGUGAUGGAGGAGUGGCCACGGCACAGCACGUCCACCUCCGACGGGGACGAAACGGAUGUCUUUGCCCUGGCUGCAACCAGGGCGAUUUGGGAGAUUCUCCAGAUGCUCCAGUGCCCAGAGCCAUUGAAAAAGUAUACCCCCUGUCUCCUCGUGGCUCUGCUCUUCCAGACUUCCAUCAGCCCAGAGCAGAUGCCAGGGGAAGUUGACACCUUGUGGAAGGAAUGUCAGAAGCAAUACAGCCUUCCAACAGACUCCAAGAGGUUUGCAGUGCUGACCAUGAAGACUCUGCUUUGUCAUCUCGAGUGUGAAGAUGUCGUGCUUUCAAUGGAACAGAAGCGCGGCUGGGACACACUCCUCAGCGCUGACACCCACCACUACGCAGUGGGUCUGCUGGCCAGGGAGAUGCGCCGUGCCUCGAGCCCCUUCUAUUACCCGAUUGCCCUCUGCCUGCUGAGGCUGCUCACCAGGCAGAAGCCCUGCUGGGAGCUUCCUGCCAUGGCAUUCCUUAUGGAGGUCCUGGACUGCCCAGACAUGACUAAAUGGAGUGAGAUCGUCCUGGAGAUCCUUUCCAGGCGCCUGUGGAGCCAGUGCACAGAGAUGCAUCGCCUGGUGCUGAGAGGCCUCGUGCUGCUGAGCAAGGAUCCUGGGAUG